GGCGGAAGUGAGGUAGACCGCUGGAGAUCCUGACGUCCCGAGCGAUAAAUGCUUUAAGCUGGUAACAGCGAUCUGUAAUGUCGUUUUCUGGAAGGGUGGUGACGCUGCUUUAAGUUUAGACCAUCGUAGGGUUAACGAAAAAUGGUGGAUGCAAGCAGACGAAGCGAGAGUGACUGGCAGGGGAUGGUGAACGAGUUUGUGGUCUGCAAGCGCAAGUUGGAGAGCAAGAAGGAGGCUCUGCUGAUCCUGUCCAAGGAGCUGGACACGAGCCAGCAGGAGAGGGACCAGUACCAGCUGAUGGCCAAUCAGCUCAGAGAGCGGCAUCAGGGGCUCAAGAAGAAGUACAGAGAACUUAUUGAUGGCGAUUUGCCUCCAGAAAAAAGGAAUCAGGUCAACAUGUCCCAACUGCUGAAGGACUCCAGAGAAAGAAACAAGCAGCUGUCGGAGGAAGUGAAGGAAGUGACGCAGCGUUUAGCGGAGGCCAAAGGGGACAACAAGCUCCUUCGGAUGACCAUCACCAGACAGAGGCUGGGGGACGAGGAGGUGGGGGCCAGACACUUCCCCGCCCAUGAAAGGGAGGACCUGGUCAAGCAGCUGGAGCGAGCCAGAGAGCAGAAUGAGCUGCUGGAGCACAGCGUGAGGUCUCUGACGGACGAACUGCAGGACAUCAGCUCUGAGCGCAGCGUGUUCCAGGAGAAGGCCCACCGCCUCAACCUGGAGAUGAACCAGAUCCUGGGCAACGACCACAUCCGCCUGCUGGACGUGGACGCCCUCUGCAUGGAGAACCGGUAUUUACAUGAACGCUUCGGCCAUCUCCAAGAGGAGGUCAACAUCCUCAAGUCUAAUUUAAUGAAGUACAAGAACGCGCUGGAGAGCCGAAAGAACUGCAAGUUUAGCGGUAAACCCAACAGCACGGCACUCACGGGCGUGCUGUCUGCCAAACAAGUCCAGGAGCUGUUGCUGUCUGAGGAGAACGGCUGCAGUCUCCCGCUGACUCACCAGUCCAUCUCGGACCUCAAGUCUCUGGCCACGGCCCUGCUGGAGACCAUCCACGAGAAGAACAUGGUGAUCCAGCACCAGCGGCAGACCAACAAAAUCCUAGGAAACCGCGUGGCAGCGCUGGAGAAGAAGUUAAAAACCCUGGAAGUGUCUGGACUGUGGAGCCUGCCAGGCCUGACCUAUAAUGUUUCCCUGGGAUUAUGCGGAAAGGGAAGAGGGAGCACCACUCCGGACGCCCCCCCACAGACGGUCGCCCUGCCCCCCCAACACAGCCCGGACGGUGAGGGCAAGUCAGCCCUGACGCAGCAGAACACCCCCAUCCACGAGGACCAAUCGACAUCCGGCUGGAGCGAUCCUGACCAAUCGCAAAGAGCCCCACCGUCGCCAUCACCCGACUCCACGGAGAUCCCCGGGCCCGGGACAGAGCGCCAGGCCGGCCCGGCCGAAACCCCCGACCCCGACGAGGGUCCGAACCACCGAGACCACGGCGAGAACGCCAACUACCAGCAGCUGUCAUGUGACCCCACAGAGUCUGUGACCUCACCGGGUCACCAUGGAAACGACUCGCCCAUCGUACAGGAGCCAGGUUCCGGGUCUUCGGAGGAACUGCCCGAGAACCCUGGUUCCCCCCGGAAGGAGGAGGAACAGUCCUAAGCCGUCUAGUCCUAGACGGAGUGUUACCUGGAGCCUGGGGGAGGAGGCUCAGGAGAUAAAUAUGAAUGAAGAAAGGCCCCAUAAAGUAAGGCCCCCACGGUUCUGGAGUCAUGGUCAGAUGUUGAUGCGUACAUAUUGACGUGGAUAUUUGUAUACCUUUUUUCCACCCAAACGGAGAAUGUGUCCCGUCGGCAGAAUGUGUGUGUUGUGUCAAAAAUGUGUUUUCACUGUCAAUCAGCAGCAAACUCAAAUGCAGACCAAACUAUAUUACAGUGUGUGAAUAUCUGUAAAUAAACCACCAAAUGGACGAUAUAUUAAUAUAUUUAUCAUUUAGUCAUUUAAAAUGUUGAAUAUACAAGUAGUCCAGGCCACAUAAUGCACUUUAUUAUGUUAAUAAAAUACCUUGAGAACUG